UCACGGAAAUAAAUAUACGGAACAUUCGGGUGACUGUUUGUUUCCUACCGGAUACUAAGCUUCAGUGCACAUAGUACAUCCAGAGAGAGGGGGGGAAGAUGUUGUUGGUUCUGAGCGACGAACACCGGGAGCACCUGCGCAUCCUUACCCAGGUGGACAGCGCGGUUGUAGGAGAAUUUGGCCGAAUAGCUGUAGAAUUUCUAAGAAAAGGAUCUAAUCCCAAAGUGUAUGAAGGAGCAGCACGAAAGCUGGAUGUUAGCAGCACAUCUAUCCAACAGGCUGUGGAUGGCCUUACAUACCUUCUCACUGAGAGCUCCAAGCUUAUGAUUUCUGAGAUUGAUUUUCAGGACUCAGUGCUUGUUUUGGGCUUCCCAGAGGAACUGAAUAAAGUUCUGCUCCAGUUCUACCUGGACAACCGGAAGGAGAUACGGAAAAUUCUUAGUGAACUGGAACCAUCCCUUCCUCAUUAUCACAAUAUGGAAUGGCGGUUGGAUGUUCAGCUUGCAAGCAGAAGCCUGAGGCAUCAGAUAAAGCCCACAGUCACCAUGAAGCUACACCUCAAACAAGAUGAAGAUGUCAGUACUAAAGUAUUGCAGACUGAUCCUGCCACGUUACUCCAUCUCAUCCAGGAACUGGAACAAGCUCUUGCAGAAAUGAAGACCAAUCACUGCCGACGAAUAGUUCGCAAUAUCAAGUAGAGAGCGGAUAUUUGUAGCUUUGUUUUACGCAAGAAUGUCAUAAAAUAGAAUCGAUCAAUAAUAUAUUUUGUAAGAACAGUAUGUCCCAUGCCACCUGACCUGCAUGUAUGCGUAUUAAAGUACUUUAAUAUGCAUUCUAAACCUGUCGAAAAUUAUUCCUGCUUUUGGCUGCUUGAAACCAAUGGGAUCGCUUUCUGUGCAUGCUGACAGGGGGUCUUGUUAGACCUGGAAUUGCAUGAGCCAGCGCUCGAGCUGGCUAGCAGUGAGUAUAGCACACGUACAUGUGGAGUGGCAAGCAGGAGAUGUGUUUGAUCUCUCCUGCAAGCCAAGGGUUUGCGGAAAGUGGGGAAAUGCAUAGGGAGAAACCUGCUGAGUCCCUCCAUGCAUUUGGAAGGGGACAAAAAAAUAAUAAAAAGGAUCAUUUAGCUAUCAUAUGCAUUAAAGUGCACAUGACUGCUGGUGUGUCCCUUAAAUACUUGUAUUGGGUUGUUUGUCAUAUUCAAGUUUAAUGAUAAAUUGGGACACCCCAUAUCAGUGCAGAUUAUGUUUUUUAUAUUAAGUCAGACUUUAACCGCAUCGAUUAAUCUUCCUGACUCAUAAAGGUGCUAGUUUGCAUUAAUGUGUUUUUUUUUCUUCAUGUACUUGGGAGUAAGAUAUUAAAUACAGUAAAUGUGAA